AACGAUGCAAAUACCAUUUGGGCUGACAGCAAUGGAGGGGCCAGUUUUCAUAUGGCCUUAAGCCCCUGCGUGUACCUCUAGGUGCCAUAUCGCUAAUAUCUAGCUCUGGGACCGCGUCGGAGCGGCUUCGCUUGCAGGCGAGCUUCUGGCCUGGGCAGCGAUUGAACAUACCAACUUGACGAACUGGCGGAGCGGCCUUUGGACAUCUGCAGCCUCUGCACAGCACAGACUGCAUUGCGAGGGGAAAGCAUCGAUGCCUAUAGGCUACCUGUCGCAUCGCCUGGCGCGCAGCGGCAGCGCGGGCGGAACUACCAACAUGCAAUCCGCUUCCGCGUCGACGGCACAGCAACAGCAGCCAGUGGCGUCGCCUAGGGCCUCAAAGCUGCUAGCAAAUGAGUUUAUUGCCGCAGAGGCUGCCGUAACUUCGAGCAAUCUGCUCUGCGCCCCGCCGGCUUCCCACGAACCCGGCGUCAUCCCAACACCGCCAGUCUCGUCCGGUCUGCCGCCGCUUCCCUCCUCCCUGGAUCCCAGCGCCGGCCAUCACAUGGCUCAUUGUGGCUAUGCGUCCACGACACCGGCCCACAGCUCCUGCGGUGGCGGCAGCAGCUGCGGCGGGAGCAGCACCAGCGGCGGCGGCAGCGUGUUUGCCGCGCCGUCGACACGCCUCCACUCCAUCACGAGCGCUGCUUCCGGAUCUGGGUCGGAGGCUGCGGCCGCAGGCAUGGCACGUGGCGUGUGGUCCGGUGUCGGGCUGGUGUGCGGCACCGGCAGCGAUGACUGUGGCAGCAGUAGCGGCCUCGUGGACGGCGACGGUGGCCGGUUCGCAGGCAACCAGAGCAGCGGCGGCAGUGGCAGCGGCAGCCUUGGCGGCUCGGCAGAGAGCGACGCUGGCGGCAGAGCCACCGGUUGCAGUGGCGGCGUCACUAGCGCCAGUGUGAACACCAGCCUUGGUGGCGCCAGCACCGCGCUGUGCUCCUCGCGGGCCACGACGGACGGCGGCGCCAGCGCUUGCGGCAGCGCGGGCCAGCACCCGUCGGUCGGCGGCGCGGCGGCCGAGGAGGCGUGGCACGGCCAUGCUGCACUGCACGCGGUGGCAGAGGAGGCCGAGGAAGCGCCGUGCGCGACGUCGGGCUUGCGGCUGAGUCACGCCGACAGCGACCCACAUGAGCCGCCGCCGCCCAGCGGCGCCUGCAGCCCGCCGCAGCUGCCUGGCUCGCCGCGCGGCGGCCGCAGCGGCGGCCUGCCAGCAUCCAUUCUGCUAGGCGCAGCGGGGCUGAGCGGCGUGCCGCUGCCUCCUGCUAGCUUCCUGGCCGCGCCGGAGUCUGCAGGCGAAUCGCCGCCGGCUGCUGGGACGCACCUGUGGCGCCGGCGAGGGCUGGAGCCGCAGAGCGACGGUGGAGUGCUCAUUGGCAGCGUGGGUUUGGAUGCCGUGGAGGCCGCAGCAGCGGCACCUGGGCUGCCGCCGCCGGGCCACGGGCGUGUGGGUGCGAUAAUUGCGCGCUUGGGCGGCAGCAGCAGGAGCAUGGGGGGUUGCAGCGGCAGCCGCCGGAGCCUUAUGGCUGUCGUGGACGAGGCAGCUGAGGGUCCUCGAGCUCCGCUUGCGGCCACGCGCAGCCGCAUUCCGCGGCCAUUGCCUCCUACGGCCGCUGCCAUCGCCACCGCUCUAAUCGACGGUCAGGCGGGUGCUGGGCCGCACCAAAAGAAGGUGGUCGUGCCGCCGCUGCGCCUUGGGGCGCUAACGGCUGCAGCUGGACUGCCGGUGACUGCGAACAACGGCAACUUCACCGUGGAUGCAGCCUCCCCUGCUGAGUCUGCGCUGUCGCCGCUCACUCCCAGCGGCCUGCUGCCUGCGGCCAGCGACUACAGCCCCAAGGGACCUGGGUCAGCGCGGCGCAGCCGCAUUCCCACGGCUCCGAGUGUCGACGCAUCGUCCUUUGCGGCAUCGCCGCUGGGUGCUGGCGGCAGCACCGCCGCGGCCAGCUUGCGGUCGUCUGUGCCGUCAGCCAUUGCGCGCAAGGCGUCGGCCGCGCCCAUGGCCGCUGUGUCAACCACCUCCCGGCCGCAGACGCGAGCGGUUGGAGCGGCAUGUGCGAGCUCGUAUGCGCGCGGCGGCUCUGGCGGCGGCCCCGUGAGUAGCAGCACCAGCACCAUCCGCAAGUCGCUGCUGGUCGCAACUGCGCCGUCCAAGGCCGAGGCAGCAGGUGGCCUUCACACCUACCAGAUGCCAACCCGCUCCUCCGUCCUGCGCGCCUCCGUCUCCUCGCUUGCUUCCAUAGCAAGCCAUGGCACCUCCGCCUCUGCCGCCGCCGCGCCGCGGCCGCCGUUCAACCCAUCCGGCCGUGCGCCCGCUGCCAAGCCCGCGCUCGGCUCCGCCUCCGUGCGCUCCUCCCUGGCAGCAUCCACCGACAUGCCGCUCCUGCGCAGCGAGGUCGCCACCGGUAAGCAGGCCGGCGGAGCUUCCGGGAGGGCGACCGCAAAGGGCGGCGCCUCCUCCGCGUUGCCGCCCUGGCGCUGGUCAACAGCGGCAACCAGCAUCAAGCAGAUCCCCAGCCUCAACUCGCCUCGCGAGGGCCAGCCCGGACCCAGCGUCCGCGCCAGCUUCGCGGCCGCUCCGUCGUCGCUGGGCGCAAACCCGUCUCCCCGCACCGCCACGGCGACCGGCAGCCGCAUUCCCACCGCCUCGCCCAGGCCAGCUACGGUCCGCUCUCCGCGCCCCACCGGCCUUGCAGCGACAAAGAGUGCCCGCGCUGCUGCCGGCCCUGGUGCUGCCGCAGGCGGUGCGCUGCAGGUGCGCAUGCGGCAACAGCAGCAGCCGAUGCGGCCGGUCCGCCGCUACUCACAGGGCGGUGAAUCGGCCUGCAGUGACGCAGCGGCGACGGCCCGCACACUCCUCGCGCCGGGCACUGGAGGCGGCAACUACGGCGCUGCAGCGUCACCGGCGCCCUCGGUACCGCCGCUUCUGACAGGCGCCAGCCCGCCCUUCGGCACGCCGUCCAGGCCCGGCGCUGGUGGCUGGUCGCCUGGCAGCAGCCCAUUCGCCAACGGCGGUGGCAGCGCCUGCAGCAGCUCCGGCCGCGGCCGGCCGCAGCUGCGCAGCCCGCGGUGCAUGUCGCCGGUGCCGCAGCUGCCGCUCAGCCCCGGUGGGCGGCUGGUGCACGGCGCGCCGAUGAGCCCGGGCGAUGAGAUGCCCAUGGCCUCGCCGGACCCGCUGGCCUGCGUCACCAGCCGCAAGCGGUUGCUGGCUGGCGCCGGCGGUCACGCCGACGACGGAGCGGAGGGGAAGGCGCGCCGUGGCCUCGCGCUGGCGUUUGACGGCGAGGCUGGCGAGGUAGACGGCACCUUGCUCCUGUGCGGUGGCGCCUGGGCGCGGCGCGAGGCGGGCGCCGCUAAGGCCUGGCGCGGCCUGGCGCCCUGCCCCUCGCGGCGGCAGACUGAGGUGGCACGCGGGGAGGAGGACGGCGAGAGCUCAGCGGCACAGGCGCUGGCGCUGGCUGGCUUGCCAGAGGAGGCGCAGCCGUGUGUGUGGGGACUGGGAGAGGCACUACCGGGCCGCAGCCGCCGUGCGACGAAGGCGGCGCGGGCUGACGGGCGGCACACCUCCUCCGGCGGCGGCGCCUGGGGCAGCGCGGGCGAGGAGAGCGACGGCAGCAGCGGUAGCGACGUGAGCUUCGGCCUUCCCGCAUGGGCCUGGAAGAGCGUUGCCGCCCUGCUCGAUGAGCCCGCUGGUGCGGAUGCGGGCGCACAGGCCGGCGCCGACGAGACGGGGGCGUGGCCCCAGCGGCAGUGGCUGGUGGCAUCACUGGCGGCAGCCACGCCGCCGCGCCGCCACGGCGUAGACUACCCGGCCCUGCGCCAGCACCACCAUCAACACCACCAACAACAACAGCACCAGCACCAGCAGCUACUGCACACCGAGUCAGGCAGCGGCCAGGGCGCAGGGCAACGGCACGUGGUGCCACCGUCUCGGCCGCUGCCCUGGUCCGCGCUUGAGCAUGACGACCCCAGCCUGAUGCCGCUGCGCCGCCUGCCCAGCACGCCGCGCCGCCGCCGCCAGCAGUCCGCCGUGGCUGCAGCCGUGCCCUCGCGCGGCACGCCCUGCCGGCUGCGCCCCGCGGCCAGCGCUGCAGCCUGUGCGGCCUCUGACGCCGCUGCGGCUGCCGUUGCCACGCCUGUCGUUUGGUCUUCCUCUGGCGAGGAGGAACCGGCGGUUCCUCUGCCGCGCGCCGCCAGCCCGCUCGGCGCCCGCGCCCGCGCCUCCGCUGCUGCUGUGGAUGCCGCAUGCGGCGAGGACGGGCCGCAGGGCCACCCCUUGGCGCCGCUGUCGGGCCGGCGGCUGGAUGCCAUGGUCCGUGAGAGCCUGCGCGUGCGGCUGUCAACGGUCGCCACGCCGCGCCGCAACGGCGCCGCCUGCGACCACGCCUUUGACGACGAUGAUGCGGUCAUGCACAGCGCGGGCAUCGAGCAGGAACAUCAGCAGGAUGACGGCGGCGAUGUGGCCUUCCUGAACGCGUACGGCGCCGCCGCGGUGGCGGCGGUGGCGGCGGGCGGCCCGCUCGGCGACGCGUCCAUGCGGCGCCUGCGUGCGCUGGAGGAGGCGGGGACCAUGCUGGCAGGCAGCGCCAGCGGCGUCUUUGGCGAGCUGGGCUUGGGCCUCGCUCUGCGCGAGGGCGACGGCCGCGCGCUAGAGCCGCGCCCCACGCUGGAUUCGGUCGGCGGCGCGCCGCCGGAACCCGUGGCAGCGGCAGCGGCGACGGUGGCGGUCAUGGAGUUUGUGGAGCAGCGGCACCCGCUCGUCGGCACGGUGUAUGAGAGCGAGGCGGAGGAGGAGGCGUGCGACGCAGACAUGCUCUCGUACGGCGGCAGGCUACCCGAAGGAGGGCAGCAGAAGCAGAAGCUCAUGCUGCCUCUGCCUCCACUGGUGUCGGCGCCGGCGUCGCCGAUGCCGGUGGCGUCGCUGGGCGUGGCGUCGACCGCGCCUGGGGGCAGCCCGUCCGCAACCGCUACUGCAGCCGCUGGCCUCGCAGGCCCCCUGCAGCCCAGUGGCGCACUGCCGCUGCCCACAUCCCUCAGCGUCACGGCCGCAGGCAACGCCGCCGCAACCACUCCCACUACGACCAGCCGGUCCUGUGGCGGCGCGAGCGGGCCGGUUGCAGCCAGUCUCCCUGUUGCAGCACAUCAGCACCAGCAGCAGCGCUACGACGCCGAGGAUGAGGCGCAGGUGCUUCUGGCGUCAGUGGAGUGCCUGCCUCAGCAACAGCAGCAGCACCGGCGUCCCACACCCGCUGACGUCAGCACCCCGUCCGGCGCCGCCACGCUGCGCACCCGCCACCGCCGCGUUGACAGUCGAUACAGCGACGGCGACGGCCUGUGCCUUGCCAGCCCGUCCUUCGGGGCUGCGCCUGCCACGUCUGCAGGCGCCGCCAGUCCGCAGCCGCUGGCGGGCUCGGAGACCGGGGCCUGCACGGCGGCGUCGGCGCUGCCGGCAUGGCCUGCCGAGGCCUUGGAGUCUGAGGAGCCGCGCGGCCGCAGCCUGAGCCGCGCCGGCAGCGGCGGUUCCAGCAGCAGCGCGCAGCGGCAUCCGUCGCUGGAGCGGCUGCGCGGCAGUGUGGCACAGGCGCUUGAGUCACUGCGCGUCAGUGGCAAUGGCAUGAGCGGCGGCCUGACCGGCAGCGGCGGCAGUGGCAGCCUCGUAAAGCAGGGGCUGCAAUCCGCGGGCAGCUCGGGCGCUCUUGCGACCGCAGCCUAUGUGCCCGAGGAGGCUAUGCUGCUGCUGCCGUCGCCGCCGGCAGAGGCCGUGGCGGCUGCUGCCGAGCCCGAGGCGCCGCCGCAGGUGACGCUGCUGCAAGCAGGCGAGUCUCUGCAGGUUGCUGGCGUGGCCUCCGCAGCCGCAUCCGGGGAGCUGGUGACUUCUGGUUCCGUCGCGGCAGACGCGACCACAACGCCCAGGGGCAUGAGCCGCUUCUACGGCCUGUCGACGGUGAUGAGCGUCCUCGGCGCCGCUGCUGCUGGGGCUGCUGGCGCUCUUGGCGGUGCCUCCGUCGCAGCCGGUGGUGGCGCAGCUGCUGCAGGCACCGCCGCUGCGGCCACAGCGUCCGCAGGCGGUGCGGCCGCAGCAGCCGCCGGGGCCACGACCGCCGCAGCCGCUGGUGCCACAGCGGCGGCUGGCGCCGUGGCGGUGACUGUGGGGCCGGUGGUGGCGGUCGCGGGCCUGGCCGCGGCAGCCGUGGCGGCGGCAGGCGCCGCUUUCAUUCCACGCAGCUACUACUCUCGCUGGUCGCUGAGCCCGCGUGGCAGCGUUGGCAUUGCUACUGCUGCCGCUCCCGCCGCCACAACCGCCGCCGCUGGUGCUCUUCAUGAUAAUGCGGCACCCGUCUUUGGCUCUGAUGUGCAUGCGGAUGACGGCAUCCAGGGCGCUGUGCCGGCUGCUGACGCCUUUGCGGGCGCUCUUGGCGCCGCUGCAGCCGCUGCGGCCGCAGGCGACGGCUUUGCAGGCGACUUGUGCGGCGGUCUUGAAGCUGAGGUGUCAGCGUGGACUCUAAUUGAGCAAAAGCAGCAAGCGGCUGCGCCGCCCAGCCUGACGGAUAGCGCUGCCGCCAGCAGGUGCAGCAGCCGCGCAGUCAGCGGCGGCAGCGCCGCUCCACCGACGACUCCUUGCGCGGCAUAUGCCGCCGUCGCGGGCGCGGCGCUACACGCUGCAGCUCUUCUUUUGCUGACUGCCGCGGACGAGGCAGCGACAGCUGGCGCCGCCGUCGCGGUGGCUGCGGUGGUGGCGGAGCAGGGCGCGAUGGAGGCGCUGGCGGAGGCACGGCAGCGACUGCUUGGCGUGACGCUGGCGGCGGAGGUGGCGAAGGUGGCAGCGGACGCCGUCGACGGCGAGGCGGCAGCGAGUGAGGCGGUCGUCGAGCUGGUGGCCCGUCGGAAGCGCUGGAUGCAGCUGGCAGCGGAGCAGGCCGGCGCCGACGCCGCCGGGUCCCUGGCCAGCGCAGCCGCUGUGAACGACGCGGUGGUUGCGUACGUUGCUGCCGCCGAGCAGGCUAAGCAGCGGCAGCAGCAGCGGCGGCGGCAGCAGCUCGUGCUGGCCAGCCUCGCAGCGGCCAGCGAGGUCGCGGGAGCGCAGGCAGCGGACGCGGUCCGUGCCGCAGCGGCGGAGCCUGCGGCGCUGCUCCGCCUUGCGCAUUCGCGACAGGUCGUAGUGCAGAUGUCUUUGGCGGUUGAGGCGGCUGGCGCGGCGGAGGCGGUGCGAGCGCAGCGCGCCGAAUCGGCGGCGCUGCAGGCUGCUGCCGAGAUGCGCGCCACGUCGAUCGGCGCCGGCACCGCAGCUGCCGCAGCAAUCCGUGGCGGCGUGGCGCAGGCGGAGGCAUGGCAGCGGCUUGCGCUGCUGCGGCGCGUGACGCUGAGCGCAGCCCUGGCCGUCGAGGCCGCGGCUGCGGCGGCGCAGCUGCGCGCUGAGGUGGCAGAGCUGGCGGCGCUACGAGCGCUCGUGGCACGACGUGACCACGCACUCGCGACAGCUGCCGGCGCCAUUGCCGGCGACGCAGCGCUAGCGGUGCGCUCCGCCGACGGCGCCGCCACCGCGGUGGGGCUGAUGGCAGCGUCCCGGCAGGCGCUGCUGCAGGCAGUGUCUGAGGCGACGGGAUCUCAGGCAGGGGCAUCAGUCCAAGCCAGCAGCGCGCUGGUCGACCAGGCGGCCGCGUUCGUGGCACGGCGGCGCGCGCUGCUGCAGCGCAUCAGCGCUGUUGCGGCCGCCGAUGCUGCCAUCGCCGCGCACGCGUCAGCGGCGUCGGCUGUAGACAUGUCUGCGCUGGUGGCGCGACGGAGCGCGAUGCUUGCGACGCUGUCCCAUGCGACAGCGGAGGGUGCGGCGGCGGCGGUGUCCGCCGCAGCGGCUGAACAUGAUGCGUGUGUGGUGAUGGCGGCAGAGCUGGCGCAGCAGAGGGAGCUGGAGCGCGCUGCAGUGGAGGCUGCUGCGGCCGCUGCUGCCCGCCUUGCCGCAGACCUGGAGGAGGCUGGCCGCGCUAGCGGCGCGGCUGCCUUCACUUCCGUACUUGCGACGGCGGCGGAGGCUGCAGCGCAGGAGGAGGAGGCGGCUCGCUGCGAUCUGCGGUCACGUCAUCGCCAGCUAAUGUCGGUGGCCGCGCGCCGCGCCGGCGCUGACGCCGCCGACGCCGUCCGGGCGACAGCGGCGGAAGAGCGGGGCCUUCGCCGCCUUGCCGCCAAGGCGCUGGCGGCGCAGCAGCAGAUGUCGGUGUGUGCCACUGUGCUUGGAACUACGGUGGCGCUGCUUGCUGCAGCCGCGCCGGCGAGGGCAGCUGCAUCCGCAUCUUUAUCCGCAUCCGCAUCGUGGGCUGCCAGCACUGCCGACGCCGAAGCCGCACCUGCUGCUGUCGUGCCGCCGUCUCGCCGCCGCCGUGUGGCGGCGGCUGCCGUGCGCGUGGCAGAGCCAAGCGUUGGCGAGGAGGAGGCGAUGGCAGCGCGGCGGGCGGCGAUGGAGGUGCCUCGCAGCUUCCCGCUGCGCUCUUUUUGUGGGCUCAUGUCAAGCGGAAGUCUCGGCGGGCAGGCGUUUGUGGAGUCCUUUCCGCUCACCCUGCGGCCCUUUUGUGGCAGCGACGGCGGCCACAGCUCUGGCUGCGGCAGCGAUGUGGGCGACCUGGAGGCUGACGUCAGCGGCGACGUCGGUGCCGGGGCCGGGGCCGGGGCCGCCGUCACGAACGGACUGGGCGAGCAGCUCGGGCGCCCCGGCAGCGCUGAUGCAGGCAGCGCGAAGCUGGUUAGCAGCCACCCUGUGGCGCUAAACGACAGCAGCGAUGCCGAGAGCGAGGACGAGGCGGUGGAGGGCCGUGUGAAUGGAGCAGCCGCUAAGGCGCCGGGGGCGCAGUGCGGCGGGCGCCAGGCAGCGCCAGGCCUGCGGAGCUUCCCUCUGCCCCUGAAGGAGCUGUGAUGCAGUGGCGUGCGGGUAUGGAGGAGGGAGGAAGGGACCAAAGAGAGGGAGAGACCACAAGCCCAGUGAGUAGUUUUUUGCUGAAAGAUGCACAAGACACAAGGACGCAGGUGGUGCUGGCAGUGUCGGGACGGGCGCGGUAAGUAAUCAAGACAUUACAAGAGAGUUUUUCGCAUCGGCGGGAGGCGCCUGCGCACACGGACGUAGCUAUUAUGUCGUAAUGCUGCGCGCACCCGCAGCCAUUUUGCACGGCGCAGUCGUGAGUUCGCACAACAGUACGGUAUGCCAUCGUGAUGGAUCGUUGUAAAGCGUGAUUUGUUUGGGGUAGACGUCACAUCAUUCGCCGGAUGUAUGAUAGGGCGAAUGGGCUAGUGGAUGAGUGUGCGAUGGGACAGUGCCAUGUGCGCAUGCGACCAUAACAGCAUAGCACCAAGGUAUUAAAGCAGCCGCCGAAGAGGCGGAGUGAUGCGGCAAUCCUUCAACGCUGCGGGCGCGUGACAAACGCAAGCAUGCGUCUUCGUUUGAGGGAGUGGUCCCAAAUAGUUAAGUCGUUAUAGUAGCUCUCAUCCAGUGGCAUGUAGAAUAAAGGGGCGGCAGUCAGCGUGAAGUGUAGUGGUUGACACCGCGGUUGGGUGAAUCGCCGUGUGGUGGGUCGCAGCCUUGAAUAGCAAGGCCCCUGUCCACUUAAGUGUGUUUCUUAUUCUUUUGAAGUGCCAAGGCAAGGUUUAGGCAAAGCCUAAUGCACAAUCGAAGCUCCCAAGUAAAAGACGUCUGUAGCAUUGACGGCGCAAUUAAACUGUAUGGUGAGACAGGAGCGGCACACGCGGACAACGCGGAGAGAUGUGGCAGAAAUCGGUUGGGCCAUCGCGGUGUUACACGAGGGAAGGGUGCCCAUUCUACUGAUCUUGUGACUGGCUGGGCUGGCAGCCUGGUGCGUCAUCCGGCCACUGGGUCGAAGCACAGGGGCUCCGAGAGACAGCGGGAUGGUGGGAAGAUGAACAGCGGGGCCGUCCCAAGCAUCCCACGGUUGCAGAUGGCGAAACGAUGCAGAGUUGUGAGUGGA